UGUUACCUCGUUUAAAUAUUAUUCCAAACUUCAGCAUCAUUUGUACAUCUUUAUUAUCCGGCGAUUUCCCAGAAAACAGUCGGCAGCAUCUUUAGGAUAUCAGUAUUCUGUGUCAUCCUGUGACUCGGCGUGGAUCCUCCCACUAGGGAUACGGACUAUUUAUACAGCGUGCAGCAUCCCGAGCCUUCUAGAGAUACGCGUAUCUGAAAAAAACAGAGAAUCUGAAGAUUUUUCGUUUGGAGUGCCAGCUCUAAUUCUGGCUGCCAUUAUGCCUCUGUUAGAAGAAGGUUCUGUGCCAAGGGACUGUACUCGUACUGUGCCGGUAGUCAUCAUUGGUAACGGUCCUUCUGGUAUAUGCUUGUCGUACCUUUUGAGUGGGUAUACUCCUUAUUUAGAUCCAAUGGCUGUGCACCCAAACCCUAUCCUCUUCCGUAAACUACAGGAAGCCAAGCAGCUUUCCAUCACUGAACAGGAUUUGGAGUUUCUUUGCGAAGGUUUAGAGGGGCGUUCCGGAAACCCUGUGGCGGUGCUCUUCGACACACUCCUUCAUCCAAAUGCAGAUUUGGGCUAUGAGUUCCCCUCUGUACUGCAGUGGAGGAUGGAAAAGAAACAUCACAUUCCUCAUCUGAUCUUGGGAAAAGCUACACCUGGUGGUGCUUGGCAUGCAAUGGAAGGUUCAAUGCUGACCAUUAGUCUUGGUAUAUGGAUGGAGUUACCAGGAGUCAACUAUAGAGAUUUGACCUCAGGCAAAAGGAGGUCGGUGUCCAAUGAUCGAGCCACUCCAGAUGAAAUCUCUUCAUACUACAAAAAUUAUGUCAAGCUCAUGGGUCUCCAGAAGAACUUUGUGGACAAUACCUAUGUCACCUCUGUUCAAAAACUUCACCGCAGUCAUGAAAAAAGUCACGUGAAUGAAAAGAACACAGUCAACGGUCAGCUGAAUGCUGUGAAAAAUGGGUUUGAUUAUUGCAAUAAGAACAGCACUGAGAAUUGUCAGAAUGGAUUGGUAAAUGGGUUUAGCAAUGAGUUACAAAAUGGAAUGGAGAAAAGCAGUAGGAGUAGUGAUACUGGGGAGGAGGAUGAAGAUAAAAGAGGCAAAGAAAGAGUGCAAGAGAGUAUUGGGGUUUCCCAUGCACUUUCACAAGGACUCUGGGAGGUCAGGGGCUACCAGCAGCUCCAUGGUGACACUCAUGUCCCUUUUAUCUUAUUUGCAGAGAAUGUUGUCUUAGCAACAGGGGCAUCUGACUCUCCAGCUCGACUGGGAGUAGAGGGGGAGGAUCUCCCUUAUGUGUUCCACAGUGUACGUGACCUUGGGGUAGCUGUUAGCUGUCACGGUAAACUGGGCCCUUCCUCUGACCCUGUGCUGGUAGUGGGGGCAGGGCUUAGUGCAGCCGAUGCAGUGCUGUGUGCCCUGAACCAUAAAGUCUCUGUGUUGCAUGCAUUCCGCAAGCGUGCUGAUGACCCGGGUCUCAUCUUCAAACAGUUGCCAAAGACACUUUAUCCUGAAUAUCACAGGGUCUACCACAUGAUGUGUUCCCAAGUUUACCCAGCAUCCCCUGUUGCCAAUCACACAGCUCCUAGUCCAUCAUUGUUCCCUGAUUACACCAGCUUCCCUGAGCACUGUGUGCUCUCCUUCCAGCCUGACAUGCACUGUGUGAUGAGGGGAUCCAAUGGUGUCCUUAGAGUCUUCAAAGUCUCUAUGGUGCUAGUUCUUAUCGGGACCUAUCCAAACUUGUUUUUCUUGAAGGAGCAAGGGCAGUACCUUGGUUUGGACCCCAGUAGGCCAAUUUCCUGCAGACAGAAUCCCAUGGACAUAAACCCUUACACCUUCGAGUGCAAAGCUGAGCCUGGGCUCUUUGCCAUGGGACCCCUUGUUGGUGACAACUUUGUACGUUUCUUAAAGGGCGGUGCUCUUGGUAUUGCUACCUGUUUGCACAAGAGGCUGAAACAGAGGAUUGAAAAGAACAGGAAAUUGAUCACAGAGGAAGAAGGGUGUGGAGGAUGGGGAAGAGAAGGAAGUGGGGGAGGAGGAUUUGUCUAAGGCUUCAAGAGAAGGUCCCUCAUGAUGUGAGUCUUGGAAUACAUCUCAUUUUUAUAUGUAUGCAGUGAAUACUAAUUAAAUUACAACUUUCCUACAACUUACAAGAGAAAGUACACUUAUAAAAAUGAGCAGACGAUCGGAGGAAAAUGGUGUCUUAUGUUGACUUACAAAAUAAGUUUUUUCUGGCCAGGAAUAAUGUGCCAAUAUGUCAGUGUCAUGGAGUGUCCUUCACCUAUUGUUUUUUCAAAUGCUGUUAUUGGCCUUGUUGUUUGUAAUAAGUUACCUGCUCUUACAUUAUACUACAUCAUAGAUAGCGUAUAUUUCAGUAAUAAUUGCAGUGCCUAAAGGGCCUAUCAUACUGACAGUGUUUUGUAGCAACAAAUCAACCAAGCAUUGUUAAGAGAUUUUGUCACAAGCAACAGACUUGCUGUUGAGAAUUUACUGUUUAGCAGAGCUAAAAGAUGCAGCAACUACCAAUGAAAGCACAGUGAUUUGUCACGAAGUUGGAUACAGAGCAAAGUAGGAAUGGCUACUAAACACCAACAGCUCAGAAUCUCUGAUAUAAUCUCUAUCAGUGUGAACACACGUUAGGUCAAGGAGGCUUCCACUAAUGAGUACAAGAAAGCAAUACCAAAAAUAGCAGAUGACAUAAAGGUGCCAUUCAAUGCAAAAAUCACUUUUAUUAGGUGUUUGAACACAGUUCUGCGGCUGCAGUGUGUGAAAACAACCAGCCUAUAAUGGUAAAAAUGCACCCACUCAUUGUUUUAUAAUCCCAACAAUUCAUAAUCAGUCUCUCCACACUAGCAGUUCCAGAUUUCUCACUACUAUGAUGACAUAGUCGGUGAAAGUCCUGCCCAUUUGUAAUGCUCUCUUUCCUGUUAACAUAUACACAGCCUUGAGUGAGAAGCUGCAGUCUGCCAUUACUGUUCUCUUGCUGUAGCUGCUGGAGGUACCAUGUCAGUGCUGCCGAAGAGCCAUUAAAAGUGUUGUGCGUUGUGAUACACCAAUGAACAUAGGAGUCUCCAUAGACCACUGAGGACAUGGUGGAAAUUUCCAAAGGAUAUGUUACAGAAAAAAAAAACCCUGAAAAUUCCUAUACUUUGAGCUAACAUUUUACACCGGACUGCCUCACAAAUGAGGGUCAGUUGGAGUUAUGCAAAGAUUGCUUCUGAAAGAGGGAUCGAUAUUCAUGUUUUGUGGGCAAACAUCCGGACUACUGACAAAGUAAUCAUCACGCAUCAAAUUUUGUUUUCCAAAAUAGCUUCUUGUCUCUCUGUAAGGCUAUUGUUGCUAAAGCUACCAUUGUCUAUGCCCGUUUCCACUAAUGCUGCCUUCAUGUGCUACCAGAAUGAUCGUAAAUAGGGAUGUGGUAGUUAAAAUUGCAUUUGGAAGCAUUGUGAAGUGUAACACCGGUAUGCCUGCAAGCAUGACCUCUUAAAGCUCCGGAGGCAGGGACAGCAGCUCAUUUUCAUUUAGAUUUAAAAAUUACAAUUAAAUGUAUGCUUUAAGAAGACGCUUUUAUCUAAAGCGACUUGCAGUGCAUUCAGGCUAUCAAUUUUUACCUAUCAUUAUUAUUUAAAGGGGACAAACACAAAUAACAAUGCAUUUUGGCUCAUACCCUAAAAGUGGCCAUUUCAACAAGCUAUAAAAAAUGAUCUAUUUAUUUUUAGAUAAAACUGCAUAUACACAGUCUGGGGACAUCAUAGAGCAAUUUAAAAUACUGUAUCAAAGCAUUUUUAUGGCACCUUUAAGCCGAAGGCGUAGUUUGUAAAGAUUAUGUUGCAGUCUGCUUUAAUGUUUCUGCUGUGAAAUGCCAUUUAACGCACAAUGUAUAUUAAUAUGCACAAAAUUUCAAAAACCUUCAUGAGCUAAUAAUGAGCCAACCUUUCUCUUUCAUUGUAACAUAAAACAAGUGCCAAACCUUUGAAAUACAGUACCUUUUCAUUUUCUUGGUGUUUAUUAUUAAUUCUGGUAAUUUUAAGUAAAAUAGAUAAAACAAUGUUCUGCAUUAGAGAAACUUUUGAUUAAUCCAAUGUGCUGUGUUUUAGAAAUUUUGACUAGGUAUUUCACAGUAUUCAAUGGUGAAAUAUAUUACUUCAUACUCUGUGCCAAAUAAAUGUUUUAUUGCUUUGAAAUAUUAACUAAAAUAACUUAAGAGCUAGCAUUGUUAAGUU